CUAGGAAACCGCGGCCUCAGCGGGCCGGGCUGGCGGCAGGAGCCGGGCAGGGGGCGGGGGCUGGGGACUCCGCCGGCGCCAGGGCCAGAACGGAGCGCGCCCGCUUCGUGGCGUGGCAGAAGAAGUAGAGGCGAGCUAUGAAGUGAGAGCCAGUUUCCUCUCCACUCUGCAAUCUCGGAGAAAAAACUUUUGACCAAGGACAGAUCAGGUGCUGUUUUUCAACCCUAAACUUUUGACCAAGAAUGAAACUAUUUAAAAAUUAAGAUGCCAACAGAUCACGAAGAGCCCUGUGGUCCCAGUCAUAGGUCCUUUUGCCUGAAUGGAGGGAUUUGUUAUGUGAUACCUACUAUUCCCAGCCCGUUUUGUAGAUGCAUUGAAAAUUAUACAGGAGCUCGUUGUGAAGAGGUUUUUCUCCCAAGCUCCAGUAUCCAAAUCAGAAGUGACCUGUUCACAGCUUUUGUGGCACUGGCUGUUCUAGGAACUCUUAUCAUUGGAGCCCUCUAUUUCCUCUGCAGGAAGAGCCACCUUCAGAGGGCCGGCUCCGUCCAGUGUGACCUCAGCCUGGUGGAGACGAGCAGCACCGGCGCCCACCACCGUCAUGGAGAACACUGAAGAAAUAUCGCAGUGAACCCACAUCACUGCUUUGUUACAAAGGCAGAAAAUGAACCACCAUAAGAACCACUGACCAUGGCAACAGUGCCACACACUGUGUAUCAAACUGUAUCAGCCAGAACAUGCCAAUACGCACAUCCUGUAACAAAGACCUGAAACAAGCGGCGCAGGCAAGACCGCUGUUCAUUUUUAUCCUGUAAGACACUGUGGAGACAGAUGGGCAGUCCAAACCCGUCACAGCAGCACGUCAACCACACCCCACAGCCGCCGGGAGCCGUCUGCGUGGCCCCUUCCGCAGCGGAGCGGCGCCUCUCCUGUGGGCGCUAAGGCAGCUCGCUAGCGAACCCACGUCUCAGCAACAGGAUCGAACGAUGGCAAAAAAACCAGUCACACCGUUCUUAAGGACACCGCACUUCACAGGCCAGAACAGCCAGCCUUGCAGAGGGGGCUAGGAAAUGCAGGCACGUGCCUAGCUGAAAACCAAAGGUCUUCUAACUACGUGAAGAGUAAAGAACGGGCACUGGGGGAAAACUGGUGUUCUCUGCACACAUUUCAUGUCAGUAUUCACACAAUUAGAAAUUUAAACUUGAACAUCAUUCCUUUGGAAAUAUGCCAGGACUUACCAGCUGCCAAAUGCCAUUAUUCUGGGUUUUCUUUUUUAAAGGAUUAGUUUACUUCCUUCACUCACUCAUCAGAAGCAAUGAAGUACAAAACUACGUGAAUGGAUUUCCGAGGUGUGUUUUAUUGGUAUAGAACCAAAAUAAGGUGAUGUAAUUGUCUGGUCUGCCAAUUAGCUAUAUAGUACGUGCAGAAAAGGACUUUCUCUUGUAAUUUCUCUUGAGGAAAAAUUUUUUCCUUAUGAAGUAAUAAAAUACUGAUUAGUCUUGGCAAUUUACUUGGCUAAGCAACUUUUGAGUACUAAAACAAAAGUAGUCCUUUAAUUUUUAUCAAGUAAGCAAAAAGUCAGUAAUAACUAUCACAGCUUCUGAAGAAAGACAAUUGUAAAGCAGAGAAAGACUCCUUAAGCCACCUGUGCAUCUUUCUCCUGUAUUAAGGGAGAAACCUGUCUCCACGGUUCUGCUGAAAGACCACCUACCAGUGCGGAGACGGCGCCGGCAGGUCUCCCCUCGCCCUCCUGUGGCUGAAUCCUGCCCCUCUCCCCACGCAGGAGGCUGAAGUCGCGCCACAGCCGCCCUGUGACCUGGUGCGACGUGGCCGCCAUCGGGUCCCUCGUGCCUGCUGCGAAAGCUCUCAACGCUCGGUCUGCAUCACGUUACGUACGAAGUUGUCCUUCAUCUAAUAUAUUAAAAACUACCAAGUAAUCUUUAGAGUGUCAAAACUACAAAACAGAUACAUACGAAGUUUUUCCUGUUUGAAAUACACAUACCCCAAAUGUCCGUUCUCUGAAAAAGGCAGAACCCACGAGUCGCACACUGACGUGAGCACCACUCUGCAGGGGCUUCACUUGGCCACCCCGAGAUGAAUCAGCGCCACGAUGGUCGUGUAGCUGUGGAACAGGUCGUCGUCCUUUACCUCGUUACAUUUCUUCAGUAUAAAGUUCCCGGUGACUAUGCGGUCACAUCCAAUUUCUCCAUUUCCAAAGAAGCCAAAUAAAGGAACACUCGGAAAGAACUUCCUGAACGCGUCAGCCUCCACGUUCCCCUUGGCUCUGUAGUACUGGGAGCCCCUGCCGACGCACGCAAACAUGAAGCCCAGGGUGUUCCGCUCGGGGAUGCUGGCGGCCUUGAGGCGCUGCAUCGCGGCCUCGGCUGUCUUCUGGUCGUUGACGUCCUCGUUGAGAAGCACCGUGGCGCUCUGGAUGCGCUGUCCGCUGAAUGACAGUCCAACCACACCAGUGGCGUCGAUGUCCAGAGGGUUCCUGGAAAGUUAAAUUAGAAAAGUGGCAAUAUAGCACAGUGAAACAAAAUUAAAGUUUUAGAGCACAGAAGGAAAGUCCUCCUGGCUGGCUGGCUGGGAGCUGCUGCCUCAGCGUACAGUUCGUCUGAGGACACAGUAAGGGUUCAACAUUACACUGCUGAGGUUAACACGUUAAAAGGACGCAAAAGGUAGCUCUGUGGAGAAGCAAGCAACUCCUUCUUCAGGCACAGAUACAAAGGGGCAAAUGCGUCUCCACAAAGAUUUCUAAAACCCAACCUGAGUUUGGAGGGUACAGAGUAUCCCUCCCUCCCUCACUUCCUUGAAAAGGAAUCUUACAGUUUGUUCAUAAAUACAGUGACACCUGUGAAAGCCUCCGGUAUUAUUUGUGUCUUUGGUAUCUUUUUCACCGCGACUUCAGCUGUCUAAUUCUAAAAGAGGUAGACUAAAUAUUUAAUCAUGGAGGGUAAUUUUACUGACCCAAAAUUCCAGAAGGUUUAGAUUUAUGCUGUUUGGUCCAUAAAGAAAUAGAUCACAUUUCUGUGUCUUGUUCAUUGCUUUGAGCCUAGAAUUUAGCCUCAUCUAAAGGUAAAAACAUAGAUUUUCUUUUUCUUUGUAUUUGCCUGGUAUUUUUUUUAAUGAAAUAUUUUGUGCUUAUUAAAAAAUACGAAGUAGAAAAUCCAAAAUAUCCAAAUAAAGUUAUAAAACAUAACACAGUGAACACCCAUUGGGGGAAAACCAAGUCAGUACAUUUCUAUCUUGUUUGCCAACAUCUGAGUCUGUGAAAUGGGCAAGGUUCACUGGGUUAACGAGAAACUAAGACUCAAAAAGCUUAAGCACUAAGUGACCACGGCUAACUAGCGGCACGCCCACCUUCUGAGGGGCAGAGCCACCUCCUGACAGUCCUGCUGCUCCUCUACCCCGACUCCGUGUCCUCGCUGGUGUACAAAUGCAACGUGUGCCGCCAGCCUCUCACCUCCAAGAAUUAUUCAGCUUUUUUUUUUUUGCAGGGGGUGGGGCAUAUCUGGACACCAUUAAAAUGGACUGAAUCAGCGGCUUCGCUUACUCACUGACACAGGUGAAGACCACACUCCAGUUAGUGUGUCAAGUGCGAGCCGAUGAUUUCUAAGGGUGUACUUCCCACACGGGCAUAAAGAGCAGAGCACGUGCAGACGGGCUAACAGGCCGGCGCUGCGUGUCGCCAUCCAGGAUUCAAAUACCAACCACAAACCCAGUGAGAAGCCAAUACUAGUGUUUGCAGGAAACAUUUGCGGGGGGAGGGGUCUCAUUUUCUUGCUUUUGCAAACAGCUGAUAUUUCUGUCCACUUAGGUGGGUACAAUGAGCUCAAACUCAACUGCAUACUUUCAUUUGAAAUGGAAAGGUAGUAAUGGUCCCCAAGGUAGAAGAGCAAAAAAUUUUUUUAAUCUUUGAAAGCGAAGGCCUUAGUAAUAAAAUCAAAAAUGUGCAAUUUUUGAGCUUGAAAAAGCCCUUCAAAAGAUCUAGUACAGUAUUUCCAAAAAUGUGUGCCAAGUAAUACCAGUAGGCUUGCGAGGUAACAUGCUCCAUGGAAAAAAAGGUUUUGUGGCCAGAUUUGAGAACUGCCAGAGGUAACAGCAGCCCUCUCUAAAAGAUUUCCAAAGCACCGAACACGCAUUCAUUAAAGAUGCUGAGAAGUUCUACCGUAAAGGUUUGCUGUUUAAUCACGCACCUCCUUUAGAGGAAAACAGAACCAGAGGGAGUGACACAGUGCAGUCACAGAGCACAGAGCUGUCGAGGAAGAUGCCAGUAGAUAACACUCAAAGUCAAUUUCGAGUACAAGUCCAGCUAAGAAUAAAUUUUUAGAAGAUAACAUAGAUAAAUUUCAUUCUUCAAAGGUUGGUAGAAUUAUGUUGUGUAAGCCACUCAACCUAUGUCUACCGCAAAAUGGAAUAAACUAAUAGCAAUUCUUUACACAUGUUUUUUUAAAAACACCCAAAGUAAUAAAAACCUGAGAACAUUUCCCAUCAUGCACAGAAGAAAUCAGAAGCACAUCAGACAUACUUUUCAGAGGUCAGCGAUGCCAGGUUGUCCACCUGACCUCCAGCCAAGAUGACGUUCAUGCCACUGAAAGUGCUGACUACUCGCUGCAGAUAAUUACUGGCUCCUACUUUACAGCAGUUAUAGCCAAACACAAGGAUUACACGAAGCUCGGGGUUAUCUAAGAGACCUGCAGAGAAACGAAGAGCAGUAAUUAAAGACGGCCUUAAAAAGGAAUUCUUAAUUUUGUUUUAUCAAAAUUAUUUUCUACAUUUACAAAAUGAAAUGUUACUGGUAACGUCUUAACCCUCCUUGUUAAGUGCAAUUUAGUGCUGAAGCUGUUGUCUUCCUAUUUUUUGUGUGCAAACUUUUAACAUCACUCAAAAUCUUUGCUAUAAUUAACUUUUGCCAUUAAAACAAGUAAAUGGCUAUUUGAAAAUAACACAAUCAACACUCAACACAAAUAAGGGAGCAACGACAUAACUGGGCAGCCCCCUUGGUGGACCUUGGUGCAAGCCAUCCCCACAGAGGCCACCACCUGGAAUGAAAGGGAACACUGGUUUACAAAAGACAGAGUUAGAGACACUGGGAAUUUGAUCAUCCCAUUUACCCACGGAGAAAGUGGAGACAAAAGGCACUAACCACCUGUAGUGGGUUGCAUGUGGGCCCCAAAAAGAUAUACCCACACCAAAUCCCUGGAACCGAAGAAUGUGACCUAAUUUGGAAAGAGUCUUUGAGGAUGUAACUAAGGGUUUUGAGAUGAGAUCAUAUCCUUAAAGAGAACUACAGAGACAGAAGAGGCAACGUAACCACAGAAGCGGAAACUGGAAUGACGCAACCAUAAGGAGUGUCAGUGGCCAGCAGAAGGUGGAAGAGACAAGAGAUUCACCCCUCGAGCCUCCAGAGGGCAGGCAGCUCCAACAACCCGAAUCCUGAUGCCUGGCCUUCCGUACUGUGACAGAAUAAAUGUUGCUUUAAGCCACUGAA